CUGGCGGGGGCCCGGGACGGGAGGAGGCCGGGGAUGGGCCAGCAGGUGGGCCGUGUCGGAGAGCCGGGCGCCGCCGCCGCGCCCCAACAGCCGCCUCAGCAGCAGCAGCAGCAGCAGCCGCCUCCUUCGCAACCGAGGGGGCUCCGUGGGAGCAGCGGCGCAGCCAGGCCUGCCAGCCGGAGGCGAGAGGGGGCUGCCCCCCGAGGCGCCGAGAGUGGCUUCAAUAUCUUCACCCAGCACGAGGCUCUGCACCGCCCCUAUGGUUGUGACACUGAACCCCAGGCACUGAAUGAAGCCAUCAGGUGGAGCUCCAAGGAGAACCUGCUUGGAGCCACUGAGAGCGACCCCAAUCUUUUUGUUGCACUUUACGAUUUUGUAGCAAGUGGUGACAAUACGCUCAGCAUCACCAAAGGUGAGAAGUUACGAGUAUUGGGUUACAACCAGAACGGUGAAUGGAGUGAGGUACGCUCAAAGAACGGGCAGGGAUGGGUACCUAGUAACUACAUCACCCCAGUGAACAGUCUGGAGAAGCAUUCCUGGUAUCACGGACCAGUGUCACGCAGUGCAGCUGAGUAUCUGCUGAGCAGCCUCAUUAAUGGCAGCUUCCUAGUUCGGGAAAGUGAGAGCAGCCCAGGACAACUGUCCAUCUCUCUCAGGUACGAGGGACGCGUUUACCACUACAGGAUCAAUACCACCACGGACAGCAAGGUGUAUGUUACAGCUGAAAGCCGCUUCAACACGUUGGCAGAGUUAGUUCACCAUCACUCAACGGUAGCUGAUGGCCUGGUGACCACCUUGCACUACCCAGCUCCAAAGUGCAAUAAGCCCACAGUCUAUGGAGUGUCCCCCAUCCAUGACAAAUGGGAAAUGGAACGAACAGACAUCACCAUGAAGCACAAGCUUGGGGGAGGGCAGUACGGUGAAGUGUAUGUUGGGGUAUGGAAGAAAUACAACCUCACAGUUGCUGUAAAAACACUCAAGGAAGAUACUAUGGAGGUGGAAGAGUUCUUGAAAGAAGCUUCUGUUAUGAAGGAAAUCAAGCAUCCCAAUCUGGUGCAGUUGUUAGGUGUGUGUACUCUGGAACCCCCCUUUUACAUCGUGACUGAAUACAUGCCAUAUGGGAAUUUGUUGGACUACCUGCGGGAGUGCAAUCGGGAGGAGGUGACGGCUGUUGUCCUGCUGUACAUGGCCACUCAGAUAUCCUCUGCUAUGGAGUACCUGGAGAAGAAGAACUUCAUCCACAGGGAUCUAGCUGCUCGCAAUUGUCUGGUGGGAGAAAAUCAUGUGGUGAAGGUGGCUGACUUUGGCUUAAGCAGACUGAUGACUGGAGACACAUACACAGCUCAUGCUGGAGCAAAGUUUCCUAUCAAAUGGACAGCACCGGAAAGUCUAGCCUAUAACACGUUCUCUAUCAAAUCAGAUGUUUGGGCCUUUGGAGUGUUGCUGUGGGAGAUUGCGACUUAUGGGAUGUCACCCUAUCCCGGCAUCGAUCUCUCUCAGGUUUAUGAUCUGCUGGAGAAAGGGUAUCGGAUGGAACAGCCUGAAGGUUGCCCCCCAAAGGUCUAUGAGCUCAUGAGAGCAUGCUGGAAGUGGAGCCCCCUAGACAGGCCUUCAUUUGCUGAGACGCAUCAGGCCUUUGAGACCAUGUUCCAUGAUUCUAGCAUCUCUGAAGAGGUGGCAGAAGAGCUUGGGCGGACGGCAUCCUCCUCAUCCAUUGUGCCAUAUCUGCCUCGGCUACCCAUGCUUCCUUCCAAGACCAGGACUUUGAAGAAACAAGCAGAAAACAAAGAGAAUAUUGAGGGACCCCAAGAGGCCGUAGAGCAUUCCGCCUCCAGUUCUGCACCAGGUUUUAUCAGAAGCACACAGCAGACCAGUGGAUCGCCAGCACUACCUCGCAAGCAGAGAGACAAGUCACCCAGCAGCCUCUUAGAAGACACCAGAGAGACAACCUUCACUAGAGACCGAAAAGGUGGCUUCUUUAGCUCUUUCAUGAAGAAGAAAAAUGCUCCCACCCCUCCAAAACGCAGCAGCUCCUUCCGCGAGAUGGAAAACCAGCCUCAUAAGAAGUAUGAGUUGACGGGUAACUUUUCAGCCGUUGGUCCUUUGCAGCAUAUUGAUGGGUUUUCUUUUACCCCCUCGCAGCAGGAUGGAAACCUUUCCUCUUCUAAGUGCUAUGGUGGAGGCUUCACACAGCGGAACUUCUAUGGUGAUGAUAGUGGUGGUGGUGGUGGAGGCUCUAGCGGUGGUGGAGGCACAAGUGCCGGUAGCAGCUGGUCAGGCAUAACAGGCUUCUUCACCCCACGCCUGAUUAAAAAGACACUAGGUUUACGAGCUGGGAGACCUGCUGGUAGUGAAGAAGCUUCCAAACCUUUUCCCCGGUCCAACUCAACAUCUUCCAUGUCCUCAGGUCUUCCCGAGCAGGAAAGAAUGGCAAUGACCCUUCCCAGGAAUUGCCACAGGUCCAAAGUCCAACUAGAAAGGACGGUGUCCACCUCCUCUCAACCAGAGGAGAGCACAAGCAAACCCAACGACCUGCUCCCUAAAAGGUGUGAAGAAGUCCCUCUUAUGACCAGAGACAGACCAAAAGCCAAACUUCUGCCCAGAGGCGCUACGGCUGUUCCCCUCAAGACUCCUGCUGUGGACUCAGCUGUUUCAGAAAAGGACAGUCCGGGGCUGACAGCCACUGCGAGCCUGAAGAGUAAAGAGAAAAACAGCAGUGCGUGGCAAGGGUUGGCAGAAAGUGAGGAGAAAUCAGGCUGGUCUUCUCCAACCAAGGGUUCAGCAAUACUUCCGACCACUCACAACCACAAAGUGCCAGUCCUGAUCUCGCCCACUCUGAAGCAUACUCCAGCAGACGUGCAGCUCAUUGGCACAGACUCUCAGGGGAACCGGUUCAAGCUCUUAUCUGAGCAUCAGGUCACAGCUUCCAAUGACAGGCCCCGGCGGAUCAAACCAAAGUGUGCUCCACCCCCACCCCCGGUGAUGAGGCUCCUGCAGCAGCCUCCAGCUUGCUCGGAGGCAGCGGACGAGCUGAACAACGGAGCGCCGGCACAGCAGCACGGCCAGGAGUCAAGUGAGGGCGCCAAAAGGGCAGCGCCGGCACCCGCCGGUGGGAAAGCUGGCAGGCCCGUGAUGCCCCCGCCUCAAGUGCCUCCGCCAUCGUCUUCCACCUCGCCCGCCAAAAUGGCAAAUGGCACAGCAGGGGCCAAAGUAGCGCUGAGAAAGACGAAGCAGGCCGUCGAGAGGAUUUCGGCUGACAAAAUCAGCAAAGAGGCUCUGCUGGAGUGCGCGGACCUCCUCUCGAGCGCCAUCGCUGAGCCCUCUACAAACAGCCAGCUGGUCGACACGGGGCACCAGCUGCUCGACUACUGCUCAGGCUACGUGGACUGCAUCCCCCAGACACGCAACAAGUUUGCCUUCCGGGAAGCUGUGAGCAAACUGGAACUCAGCCUGCAGGAACUGCAGGUGUCCUCGGCGGCUGCUAGCCUGCCUGGCGCGAACCCUGUACUUAAUAACUUAUUGUCUUGUGUCCAAGAAAUCAGUGAUGUUGUCCAGAGGUAGCUACUGUCGAAUAUCUGGUUGGGAGGAAAAAUUACAAUGUGGA